UCUCUCUCUCUCUCUCUCUCUCUCUCUCUCUCAGUUUCCCCCUCCUCCCUUCCCACGCCCCAGUGCGCUGUGGGAUAGUGGCACUAUAAAGUAUAUCCUCCUCUCUCUCGGAGAAAAAAGAUAAAAAGAAGCCCCGAGACCACAGGAGGGGGAUGAAGAUGGCGGACGCCAAGCAGAAGAGGAACGAGCAGUUGAAGCGAUGGCUGGGCUCGGAAACGGACCAGGAGCCUCCCGUGCUGAAGAAGAAGAAGACGAAGGUGAAGUUCGACGACGGCGCCGUGUUUCUGGCCGCUUGCUCCAGCGGCGACACGGAGGAGGUGCUGCGAAUGCUCGACCGAGGCGCUGACAUCAACUACGCCAAUGUGGACGGUCUCACCGCCCUCCACCAGGCGUGCAUAGACGACAAUGUGGACAUGGUGACUUUCCUGGUGGAGCAUGGAGCUGCCAUCAACCAGCCUGACAACGAGGGCUGGAUCCCCCUCCACGCUGCAGCCUCCUGCGGAUAUCUAGACAUAGCAGAGUAUCUCAUCAGUCAGGGUGCCAGUGUAGGUGUCGUAAACAGUGAAGGUGAGACACCGAUGGACAUCGCCGAGGAGGAGGCGAUGGAGGAGCUCCUGCAGAAUGAGAUCAACAGACAAGGGGUGGAUAUCGAGGCAGCCCGCAAAGAGGAGGAGCGGAUCAUGCUGAGGGACGCCCGGCAGUGGCUCAACAUCGGCCAGAUCCAAGACGUCCGGCAUGCCAAGUCCGGGGGGACGUCGCUCCACGUGGCUGCUGCCAAGGGAUACGUCGAAGUUUUAAAGCUUUUAAUCCAAGCAGGGUAUGAUGUAAAUAUUAAAGACUAUGAUGGCUGGACUCCUCUACAUGCGUCCGCACACUGGGGCAAGGAGGAGGCCUGUAGGAUACUGGUGGAGAAUCUGUGCGACAUGGACCUCAUUAAUAAAAUGGGCCAGACGGCUUUUGAUGUAGCAGAUGAAGACGUUCUGGGAUACUUAGAAGAAUUACAGAAAAAGCAAAAUCUGCUGAUUGGUGACAAGAAAGAUGUUAAGAAAUCUCCUAUAAUCGAAACAACAACCACUGGGGACAACAACCAACCACUGAAACCACUCAAGAGCAAAGAAACGCUGCUCCUGGAGCCGGAGAAGAGCGCCCCACGCAUCGAGACCUUAGAACCCGAGAAGGUGGAUGAAGAAGAGGAGGGGAAGAAGGACGAAUCAAGCUGCUCCAGCGAAGAAGAGGAGGAUGAAGACUCGGAGUCAGAGACUGAAGCAGACAAGACCAAGCCUGCAGCAUCAGUGAGCAACAGCACGACGCCCGCCCCUUCCACCAUCACAGUGACCUCUCCAGCAAGUCCAACUAACCAGGUGACGACCCCCACUUCACCAGUGAAGAAGGUAUGAUCUGCCCCUCCGAAAGUCUCCGCCAAAGUGGAGGACGACAGGAAGGACGAGUCCCCGUCAUCAUGGCGGCAGGGUUUGAGGAAGACGGGCAGCUACGGGGCGCUAGCGGAGAUCACAGCCACCAAGGAGGCUCAGAGGGAGAAGGACACGACCGGGGUGAUGCGCUCAGCCUCGAGCCCUCGCCUAACCUCCUCGCUGGACAACAAAGAGAAAGAGAAGGAGAAGGAUAAAGGGACCAGGCUGGCCUAUGUGGCCCCCACCAUCCCCAGGAGACUGGCCAGUACUUCGGACAUCGACGAGAAGGAGAACAGGGACUCUACUUCUCUGAUACGUAGCGGCUCAUACACCCGGCGGCGCUGGGACGACGACCUGAAGAACAGCGAAGGCAGCGCCUCCACCAACCGAACCCCCAGCUACCAACGCAGCACGUCCCACACGCUAGCACUAGGGCGGAGCGGCAGCACGCGGGACGUGCCAGCCAAGUCUUCGUCCACCUCCAACUUGGACCCUAACACCUGUAAUACUAAACCCUGGCAGCCACCCUCCUCCCACUACCAGUCUUACAGCAUUUACCGCAGCGGCUCUUUCGGAAGACGACACGAGGAUCUGAGUUCUUCGACCACUUCCUCCACGACCACCACCACCUCCUCAUCUGUUACCUCGCCCACAGGCCACCGCGGCCUGCUCUCCAGCCUGGGCUCCUCCUCCACCCGCACUGGCUCCACCAGUCUCACCAGCAGGUACUGGUCAGAGGAGAGUGCAGAAAGGGAAAAGGAGAAGGAGUCUGCUGCAGUCAUCCCCACUAUGAACACUGGCUCUACCACGACCACCACUUCCACCACUACCACCGCCAUAUCUACCACCACUGGCACCGGCACUGGGCCAGAGAGACGCAGAUCAUACCUGACGCCGGUGCGAGACGAGGAGUCCGAGUCCCAGAGGAAAGCCCGCUCCAGACAGGCUCGACAGUCGAGGAGGUCUACCCAGGGUGUGACUCUGACUGACCUGCAAGAGGCCGAGAAAAUCGUACCCCGUCGUACCCCGAAGACCCGAGAGGAGGAGAAGGAGGAGAAAGAGAAGCAGGACAAGGAGAAGCAGCAGGAGGAGAAGAAGGAGACGGAGACAAAGGAGGACGAUUACCGAUCAAAGUACCGCAGCUAUGAAGAGCGCUACCGGCCCUCGUCCUCCUCCUCCACCUCCGCCAUUUCCACAGUCAGCACUGCCUCCACCCCGUCCUACUCUAGCACCGCGUUGUCCUCCAGUUCCAGCUCCCUCAACAGGCCUAACAGUCUGACGGGGAUCACCUCCUCCUACAGCCGUUCGUCCAGAGAUACAGAAAAAGAAUUGGACAAAAAGGAGGAGGAGAAGGAGGGAGAGGACAAGUCUCAGCCUCGCUCCAUACGGGAUCGCAGGCGGCCCCGCGAGAAGAGACGCUCCACUGGAGUCUCCUUCUGGACCCAAGAUGGUGAUGAAAAUGAUCCAGACCAGCAGUCGGACUCGGAGGAGGGCAGCAUCAAGGGAGACACACAGAGUGACAGAUUGUCCAGCACUUCAUCCGUAGAUCGUAAUGAUGCUCUUUUCAGUCGUGGCUAUGGUGAGAGUCGGAGGACGUAUUCGAGCCGGCUGGAUAGAGACGACACCACUGACUAUAAGAAGCUCUACGAGCAGAUCUUAGCUGAGAAUGAGAAGUUGAAGGCUCAGUUACGUGACACAGACCUGGAGCUGGCAGACUUGAAGCUACAACUAGAGAAGGCCACACAGAGGCAGGAACGCUAUGCCGACCGAUCACAGCUUGAGAUGGAGAAAAGGGAAAGAAGAGCUCUAGAAAGGAAGAUUUCUGAAAUGGAGGAGGAACUUAAGAACCUCCCCCAGGUAAAGCAGGUUCAGGCCCUGCGGCAGGUCAAAGAGCGGCUGCAGGCUGAGAACCGGGCGCUGUCCCGCGUCUUGGCAAAGCUCACACAGUCCGCCUGCAGCCAGCUGCCCUCCGUCGACCUCUAAAGCCACGUCCGUUUGUCCACCACCAUCUUCCCCCUCCUCCUCCUCCUCCUCUUCUUCUUCUUCUUCUCCUUCUUCCUGUUCUUCUUCACCUUUCCCCUCCUCCAAACCUUCAUCUUCUCAUGCUCCAUUCGUGCUCUGCCCGCACCCAUAGACAGGCAGGUUGCCCAGCCGCCCACUGGUUUUUGUAAACUCCCCUCUGCCUCCCCAGAGCUUUUGGUUUUUCAGAUUGGGGAGGGUGUCUUUUUUUACAACAGGACACUCUCCUUUUACAGUACACAUCUGGCAGGUUGUAUUUGCACCAAUCAGCUUAUAUACAAACAAAAAAUAAUAAUAUAUAUAUGAUGGAAUAAUCACCAGCAAAAAGCCUCAUGUAAAUUUAAUUUCAGACCAAGACAUUUCAAAAUGUACCAGACUCCACACCAACACCUGCAGUACUGUACAGGAAAGUGUCCUCUUUGUAGUUCCUAGAUGUGACGCUUCCUUCAGAAGGAGCUCAGUUGUUCAGUUUGGCUUGAUCUGGCAUCUUUGCAUGAAGUGGCUUCAUUAUUUGGCAUCAAUUUCUUUUGGUCCAAAUCUUCAGAGACUGAAUCUUAAAAAAUGUUUUGUCCUUCCCCUUCUUUCGUUUCCUCCCCAAAUUUGAAUUUGACUGAUGAGCAAUCAGUCAACGAGGAUAAAGUUCGGCUGCAUGCACCUUCUGGUUUUUAUGUGGAGGUGAAGCAUUGUGCCCAUCAGAACACGAGGAUAUGUGAACAAUGAAUGGGAGUGUGUUUCUUUCAGGGGACGGAAGCCUUUCUUGUGGUAUAACGGAGAAUCUGCGGAAAAAUGAUUCUGACAAAAAGUUUCUGUUUAUUUUGUUUAGUGAAGUUUAAAACAUCAGUUAGUAAUCAUGAGCUGGUUUCACACAUGCACUCCCCCCCCCCCCCACACACACACACACACACACACACACACACACACACAAAGAAACAUUUCUGGCAAUUUUCAGGGGUUUUGUGCAUGUGUGAAAGCAGCUCUUGAGAGGGAUUUAAGGCAUCGUCAUGUUGUAAAUGAUCUGCGUUGUGUCACCUCUUCAGUAUUUGAACAGGGAGGUCUUUUUAGGAAAUCUGGAUUACUGAUUGGCUAAGCGUGAACUUAGACACUGCUGUAUCUAGACAGGAUUUAUAAGAGCAGCCUUUAAAGUAAAUGUUUGUUUCCUUGGACCUUCCAGCUGCACACAGUAUUCAACAUCUGAAAACAAAUAUGCACUAUCAAAAAAAAAAAAAAAAAAGUGACUUUAUUCUCUCUGCUGUGCAUCUUUCUGUCUGCCAGAGAGCAGCCGGUUGGACUAUGCAUGGCUUUCUCAGGAUCUUUGGCCUGUGGUGUGCCUGCUUUUUUUUUUUUUUUUUUUAAUCUCUCUCUCUCUCUCUUGGUUAAAGGAUGUUUGUCUUUUUUUUUUUUCUUUUUUUAAAUCGAACAAAACAAAACCUGAGAGAUGCUGUGUGACUCCCAAGAUUUGCUUUACACAGGCUGCAAUUAACACAUUUGUCAAACUGGCCUGACUGGUUUAAUGACAAACACGUCGAUGUCCAGACUUGUCUAAGCCUCCUCUCUCUCUCUCUUCUCUCUCUCUCUCUCCUUCUCUCUCUCUCUCUCUCUCUCUCUCUCUCUUUUUGUU